AUGAAGACUUCCACACUUAUCACUACCACUGCUCCUAUUGAAGAAACCAAAUGCCUUCCUGACUCUUACCUUGAGAUUGAAGUAAGAGCUCCUCAGACACAUGGUACUGGAUUUGGCAUGUACACAGACUAUGAAAUUAUUUGCAGAACAAACAGUCCUAUCUUUCAAUUCAAGCAGUCCAGUGUCAGAAGAAGAUAUAGCAAAUUCGAAUCACUCAAGUUCAAGCUAGAAGAAAAUGACUAUGAAAUUAAAGUUCCUAAUUUACCAGGCAAGAUCUUUACGAAUCGAUUUUCAGACAAAGUGAUUGAAGAAAGAAGACAAAAAUUGGAGCAAUUCUUACAAAUGUAA